AUGGCUUCUUUGGCGAACCAGAAACCUUUCUUACUCACUGUCCCUCCAGAGAUUCAGAGCCAGAUAAUCUCCCUUGUUGCUGACUCGACUGAUUUCAGAUCCGUUCAUUCACUUCUAUUCUCGUGCAAACAACUCUACGUAGUUGCACUACCUUUCUCAGUAAAAACGUUCUGCGACAUCCCGAGACCUGAAAUCCCGAAGAAAGGGUCUGUAGUUCGCUCGCGUAUUGUGCAGUUUCUUUCAUACGUUUCAAUCAUCAAACCAGAGCUUGCCCGAUACGUUCGUACGAUCAGACUGUAUGAUUGGCUGACUGAUAACUAUCGCUGUGGAACAGUUCAUAUCGAUGCCAAUGAUAUGAUUUUCUAUAAGCAACUGAUUUCGAAAAUAUAUUCCGAGAAGCUAGGAUAUGACACGCAUUAUAGCAGCCGAUGGAUUCGGUUUCUGGAAGCAAGAGUCGAAGAGGCAGCAGUGGAUCUUCUACUUGCUGUCUGCACAGAGAUCAAAACUUUGACAUAUGGUUACCCUCGAGAUCCAAGAUGUUUCAGCAGGACUCUGGUAGCUGCUACUGGAGCCUUCAGGAGAAGACAUGUCGAACACCCUCCCUGCAGGUUGCUAACCAAGUUGGAGAAUGUUAAACAUGAGGCAGAAGGCAGCUGGGAAGACAUGCGCCCAUUUUACAACCACGCACAAUGGCUUUUUCGCAUCCCUAGUAUUCGUUCCUACGAAUGCGUUGGAGCGAGAAGCCCUGAAAUGGAUGAGUUUGACAUAGACCCCCUGGAUGAAGGGUGCUCGAACAUUCAGUCAAUCAUCUUGCGAGAUAGUUGGUGCGUACCCCGAGCCAUUCGAUCUUUAAUAGGGGCGUGCAAGGACCUUCGGAAGUUCACCUAUACAUGCGACUUUAAAAAAUGGGAAGAUAGUGACGUGUUCGAUAUAGCGGCCCAGGAUAUUAUGGAAGCUCUUUUGCUCCAUAAAGACAACCUGGAAUAUCUUCAUCUUGAUUUCGCCGAGGCAGCCCGCACUAGAUCAUGCCACCCCGGACCACGAGAACGACUGUACAUGGGGGUUGAGCUGCGACAGAUGCACAGAUUGAAACGUCUUAUUUUAGGGUCUCAGAAUGUCUGUGGACUUCUAGGUAAUGGCACAGUGUAUCAUUUCACGAUGGAUGCAUCUAUCGUACCGCCGAGAGUCGUUGAAUGUGUUCCAGAAUACUUGGAGUGUCUCGAGAUUCAUAGCUGUGGAGGAAAUAUUAUCAGCCAGCUCCAGGAGUUUCUGGACACCCUGAGCUCUCCAGAUCGGUUCCCCAAAUUAUCAUCUAUCAAGUUCAUUUUCAACGAAGAUUGGUUGAAAGAAGAAGAGAUGGGAAGCCUUGGUGUGACUAGAGAUGGUCUAGUACUGGAGGUUAUUCGGUGUCGGUGA